UGAGAGGGGUGUGAAGAUGCUUAAGGAGCGUCCAAGGAUGGCAGAAGACCCUCAGCAGCAGAUGGGUGUUCCUGUGGUAAAGCUAGAGAAAGAGUUGCCGUGGGGCAGGGGAAGGGAGGACCCUAGUCCGGAGACUUUUCGUCUGAGGUUUCGGCAGUUCCGCUACCAGGAGGCAGCUGGUCCUCAGGAAGCCCUCAGGGAACUCCAGGAACUCUGUCGCCAGUGGCUGAGGCCUGAGCUGCACACCAAGGAGCAGAUCAUGGAGUUGCUGGUGCUGGAGCAGUUCCUGACCAUCCUGCCACGGGAGUUCUAUGCCUGGAUUCGGGAGCAUGGCCUGGAGAGUGGCAAGGCUCUUGUGGCCAUGGUGGAGGACUUCACAGAGAGAACAUUGGAGGCCAAGGCGGUUCCAUGCCACGUGCAGGGAGAACAACAGGAGACAGCACUUGGCAGAGGCCCUUGGGAACCAGGUGUUCACCUGGGGCCAGUGGAGAUCAAGCCCGAGUGGGGGAUGCCUCAUGGGGAAGGAGUUCAAGGCCUAGACCAAGGCACUGAGGAGCAACUCAGUCAGGAUCCUGGAGCUGGGACCCAAGCCUUCCAGGAGCAGGCUCUGCCAGUUCUUCAGGCUGGUCCUGGCCUCCCUCCAGUGAACACCAGGGACCAAGAGAUGGCAGCUGGGUUCCUUACAGCUGGAUCCCAGGGGUUGGGGCCAUUUAAAGAAAUGGCCCUGGCCUUCCCCGAGGAGGAGUGGAGGCAUGUGACCCCAGCUCAGAUAGACUGCUUUGGGGAAUACGUGGAACCCCGGGACUGUGGGGUCUCAGCUCCAGGCAUUGGGAGCAAGGAAAAGGAGGCUAAAACCCAGCAGGCAGACCUCAAGGGGGCGCUUGCUCGGGUGACGUCAGAGAGGUUUGGGGAAGCCACACUUCAGAGCCCUGAGCUUGGAAGAAGCUGUGAGCAGGAGCCCAGUAGUUCUGUGGGAAACAUGCCAGGGCCGCCGCCUCAGCAGCAUGGCGUCAUACCCCUGCCGGAUGACCUCAAGACCCACAGCUCCUUCUGGAAGCCUUUUCAGUGCCCCGAGUGUGGAAAAGGCUUCAGUCGGAGCUCAAAUCUUGUCAGACACCAGAGAACUCAUGAAGAAGAGAAAUCCUACGGGUGUGUCGAGUGUGGGAAGGGGUUCACUUUGAGAGAGUACCUCAUGAAGCACCAGAGAACACACCUGGGAAAGAGACCCUAUGUGUGCAGUGAAUGCUGGAAAACCUUCAGCCAGAGGCACCACCUCGAGGUUCACCAGAGGAGUCACACGGGGGAGAAGCCCUACAAGUGUGGUGAUUGCUGGAAAAGCUUCAGCCGGAGGCAGCAUCUGCAGGUGCAUCGGAGAACUCACACGGGGGAAAAGCCCUACACCUGUGAGUGUGGCAAGAGCUUCAGCAGGAACGCAAACCUGGCUGUGCACCGGCGAGCCCACACAGGCGAGAAGCCGUACGGGUGCCAGGUGUGUGGGAAGCGGUUCAGUAAAGGGGAGCGGCUGGUCAGACACCAGAGGAUCCAUACUGGGGAAAAGCCCUACCACUGUCCUGCCUGCGGGAGGAGCUUCAACCAGAGGUCCAUCCUCAAUCGGCACCAGAAAACUCAGCAUCGCCAGGAGACCCUGGUGCAGUAAGGGUGCCAUGCUGAAAUGCACCUUUUUUGUGAAUGGAAGGUCUGGAAGGUGCAGGACCUUUCAGGACCACAAAUGGAGGGAGACCUCAUUGGAGGAUGCAUUCGUCUUUACUCACUGAAGGGCUUUGAAGUGGGGGCUGAAGAGUGAUGGGGUGCGGAAAGGCACUUUGACCCAUUUUCUUCCCAUUUGUUGAAAACAGAACCAGGGAAAGACCUGAUUUAUUUUGAGUUUCCAGAGAGCACAGCUCCUCAUGUCUUUUAUCCAAGUGAUGUGAACAGUUUCUCACCAUCUUUUGGGGAAAGGAUAUCCUGAAUUUCAGAGCCUCCUUUGGUAGAAUGUUCAUAUCCACCUCUUAAGCAAGUCUGGUAGUUAAAGCAAAGUUUUCUCCCAUGUUGGAAACUUAACCCUCAUUUUUAUGAGGGCUGUAUCUACCUGCAAGAUCAUUAGUUCAGACUUUGCCUUCCUUCUUUUCCAUUUAACAAAUAUUUAUUGAACAGCUACUCUGUGCCUGGUGCUGGGAACACAGUGGUGAACAAGACGCAUGAGCCCUGAACCUCCCGGAGCUUGUGAUUUAGCAGUGGAAAAACACAGAACCAUUAAUAACUCCAGGCGUUCCAAGUUAUGUUUGUGCUAAGUGCUGUGUGAGAGGAUAGUCUUCUGGUGCUCACUCGUUCUGCCCUGCUGCUCAGGUGCCUGGAUCUUUCCCUCCCCAGUUGGGAUCUCUCAGGCAGCUUUGUUGAUUUUACUUUAUUUGUAACCCCCUUUGUGUCUGUACAAUUGUACCCUCAUCUGUAAAGUUUCCCCAUUAUUCCUUGUACUGUAACAACUGUUCACCCAUCCAUUAGGAAAUUAAUAUUUUAUUGAUCACUGAAUAAACAUGAAAAUAUUUUAAAAAACAUUCAGUUCUAUAUAAAGAUCUAAUUAAAUGAAUCCAAA